GGUGGUGUGCUGACUAGAGGUUUAUCUUCUGUAUGAAGUUGCAUAACAAAAACACCCAUUAGUAUUAUGUUAAACUCUUUGGCUAUAAUCGGUCCUAAAUGUUGGCCAGAAGUGCCAUGGAUGGGCACAUACUUAAACACAGCCCUAUUGUUUACUUUCUACACACGAAUAAAUCAAGAGCAUAGCACCUAUAUAAACUCCCAGUAAUUGAUUGGGUAAACCACCAACAUUUCAGCAUUGCUGUUCCCCCUUCAGGGUAAAAUGUUGGUUUACCAAUCAGCUUUUAUAUGAACACUAUAUAUUUUUUUAUAGCUUGCAGUUUAUAUGGUGUAAGUGAGCACCUCUACACAAAAUAAUUUCUCUGGGUGUACACCAGCGCAUGCUUUUUGUUAGACUACUUUCUGUACACACACUUCCAUGGUACAUUUGUAGCCUACUGUAUGCACUCAUGCUAUUGAUAUAAGGCAUAGUCUUUUUCCAUUUAUGCAGAAGAGAUGCACUAUGAUUUGAAAUGAUGCCCUUAAUGAGCAGACAUUCACUGAUAAUGCAUGUUCCAGAACCACAACUCCAUUGUUGACUUACAGACUGCAUGUCAAUAACACACACACACACACACACACAAUUCUCUGUCAGAUCAACUCCUAGAUAACAUAUCUGAAACUCAAACGUCUCACACACACCAAGCCACCAAGCCCCUGUGCUCCUACCACAGGGUGUGUGGUGAAUAUUUAGCCUGAAGGAGUUUGGAGCACAAUUGUAUUUACACAUAGAUCAGUUGGGUGUAAACAAUAUGGUGGAAAUCAGCUGAGCUAGGUGAACCUGUGGAUUUGCUUACAUAAUACACCUAAGCCAAUAAAUAGGUUCACCAAUGAAGUCCCUUUCACUCCUAAGUGACCCUUUACCCAUGACUCCCACCACUAUGACCCUUAGCUGAGAUUGUCACUAAUGAGCUCGUCUUGAUAAACACAGGGUCAUUUGCUGAACCCCAAGAUGUUCUUGUUUUGACCCGUGUACGAACCAGCUUUUUACAGUGGUAUGUUUCCCUCCCCAGUCAGAGGCCUUUGAUGCGCCCUGACCAGAAAUGCUUGGAAUGACAUGAGCUCAAAAACAGGAUGUCUUUCCUAGAAAUGGACCAAUUGAAAUGCGGGCAAGCUCUCUCCCUGAACAAGAAUGGUGUGAAUCCUGGAAGUCACCACUGGGUGAAAAUACUAGAAUGUAUACAUGCAUGUUACAUUUCACCAACACACAUACUUUCUCUCUCUCUGUUACUUUCUCUCUCUCUGAGUGCAUAGUUGUAAUCAACGUGUUUUAUGAGAGAAACUACUUCAGGAGAACAUGUUCCGUCUUCAUUUCUUCAUGUCUCUGAAAGGGAGAUGGUCUUCCAAAUAACACAUAAUGACUGACCUAUUUAGAUGACAUUGCUGUGAGUGACUCACUCUCACAUUGUGUGUGCUCCAGUGGGUUUCUAUACUGUGUGUGUGAGUCAAUGUGUGGAGAGAGUGAGCCUUAAAAAUAAUGUACCCAAACAUCCUGAAUUCCGAUACUUAGCCAUAGCUCUCUUUCUAUCUACUUUGUCGCUCUCUUUUCCUCCCUCAUUUGCUUUCUCUAAUUUGCUUUAUCUUCUGUGAGUCCAGAUAUUUCCAUAUCUGUGUGUGUGUCAUGUUAAUGUAUGAAUUUAGUCUGGAUGAGAGGGCAUGUCAGCAGUUCCCAUGUUAUAGAGCCCUCCCACACCACUGUUAUAAUUGAAUAUCUAUGGAACAUAGUGAGUGCACUGGAUGUCCAUUUUGGAUCUAGCUGGUGUGAUACAGCAGCACUGAGGCGAGUGUUGGUUGUGAUAGUAUUGGUUGUUAUUGGCUAAUUGUACACUUUCAAAGUGUGGCCAAACCAGUUGUUACACAUUGCUCAAUGACGUACAUUGUAGAUACUUGCCUGCUCACACUGCAUAUUUAGAGUUGAAGGCACACACUCAGACACUACACACUCUGAUGCCAUCUCAGAGUGUCAUGGAAAAUUGGGCUGCAGGCAGUUGUGUUGCUAGGCGACAUCAUUGCCAUAUAUGGUGCUGUUUCUCUUUUUUUUCUUUUUUUUUCUUCUCUCUGGUCUGUAUUUUGAAUGUAACUUCUUAAAUAUUACACAUUACUUUUGACAUAUUUUCAUAGUCUCUUUCUGCCUGCAUCAUCCCUUCAUUUCUCUGACAAUACCCCCCCCCCCCCCCCCCCCCCCCCUGUUUAGCCUUGCAGCACAGCACAGCACAAGGUUUUCCCCUGAUACACAGGCAGUGGAACAGAAGGCAGAGGAAAAUAUAAAUAAGUGGAGGAGGAUAAAGUACCCUCCCUACACACACUCUACAAUAUAUCCCACAACACACGUACAGCACAUACUCCACAUACGCGCACACACACAAGAACAACUCGUUGAUAAUCUCACAUUAUGCAAGUCACGAUGGCAACGUUGCCACACUCGAACAUGCAUACACACACACACAAACACUCUUACACAUACUUGUAAGUGUCCACACAAGCAUUAAAGCACACAUUUGUGUCAGACUUUGUUUUGUUGUGUGUGUUAACUGGGCUGUGGUUGAGCUGUGCUGCUCAUGCCAACGAGAGCAGAAUGAAGGGGAUGUGGUUUACAUGUAAACGAGGCCUGGAAAAAGAGCAGCAUCACACCUAAGAGUAAGAUGUCCUUUUACUCAACUUUUUACUGUGGAUAAACAACAUCCCAAGAUUUACUGAACAAAAGGCACAUAGGGGGUCCAGGUCCAGGUCAGUCAUGCCAUGGCACAAGUGGAGAGAGAGGCUUUUCUCUUUUGUUCUCUAAUGCUUCUCUGUUGUUCCUCAAGCAAGGGGGAAGGCCGCAACAUCACAGAUUCCCAUCAGACCAAAAGACUACAGCAGUGACCCGCUGGUGUUGUGAGCAGUAAAACAGGGCGUACCCCCUUAAUAAAUCAAAAGCUAUUUACAAUAGCCACAUGCCUGUGUUUUUUCUCUCUCUCUUUCUCUCUGGGCUUAUAUGUCUGAGGAGUUUCUCUGAGGGACAAAGAGAAACAGGACUGCGGGGGAAGGUUUUAGAGGGGGCUAUAGGGGAGUACUCUAGUGGAUUUAAAUAGUCUUUAUUUAGUCAGGAUAGCCCACUCUGUAACAAAUGCUACUGUUUUCCAAGGAGUCCUGGGUUCCAUAGAAUCCAUAAAAAAAAAAAAAGAAAGCCAGCAAAAGUGAGGUUCAGAUAUUCCUCUGAAUAUCCAAUCUAGUAAUUCACUUUGGCUCCAGCAUGAUGACUCCCACAAAACAGAAUUGGCUACGUUAGGUCGAUGUCUUUUGCGUCAUACUCACACUUGAAAGCUGUCUUUGCCCCACAAUUUUUUUUGUCUGUCUGUCUGUCUAAAAUGUUUCGAUAUUUUGAAAUCCUUUAAUUUUCAGUUUAGUUAACAGAGGGGGGAAAAAAUGCUGUCUGCUGGUUAAGGUAUUUAUUUUAGGGACAUGUGGUGUGGGAGAGCCAUUGAGAGCUAGAGCUACCUCCGGAGCUAGUGUGGGAGACAUCUCUCAUAGAGAGAUCUUGAAUCGCUCUGUCUCUCUCUACACUACAGAAGUACAUUUCCUGGGACUAGUGUGUGUCAUCAAAGUAGUGCAGAGUAAAGAGGCCCUUUCUCUCUGGGUAUUACAGACGUGCCUGUCACUGGGGACUCUGUCUUUCUGAGGACACUGGCCCAGGACAGGCUGAUUGGGGGGAUUAGAGAGAGACUGCUACAGACUACUAUAAGCAGAUUGUGAGAGGACUCUGAUAUCAGAAAGACAGUUGGUGUGGUGGGGAAAGAAACAUGGAGAGGGGAAAGUUGAUAAAAGGGGAGACAGAGGUCACCAAACUUGGGGAGAGGGGAAAAUGUAGCGCCGAGUGAGGGAUUAGUGUGAGGGAGAGUGACGAGUUGACGAGCGAGCACGAGACCUGGGAGAGAGAAGUAACACCAGGUAGGGAGACGGUGAGACUGUAAGAGAGGAGUGACAAAAUGCUGCAGAGAGGACAGAGAUCAGUUGGUGUUAAAGAGAAGGCAGAGGGGGGAGGGCUCAGUAGGAGAGGGAUUAUAAUGUAACCUCACACGAGAGGGGAUGUUUACCAGACAACACAAGUUAACAAAGCCAGGCAAUUGCAUUGGCUGACUGCGAAUGCUGCAGGGCUAACUGAGGGACAGAUGGCCUCUGUAGCAUUGAGCUACAGCCCUUCUAACAGUCAUAGGUAGGGCUAAAUGCUCACGCUAGGCUAACAGGGACAUACAGAGGGGCAAGGCUAAAUGCUAACCCCUCUAGGCUAACUGAGGGACAGUCCGAUGGAGCGCCGGAUGCUCGUGGCGGUCUCGUUUGGAGAACCUGUACUGAUGGCGCGGAGUGUGUGGGACUGGCUACACUCUCAUCUCCCCUCUGUGUCUGUGUGUGCCUGUGUCAGCGCCGGUCUGCUGCUCCACUACUGCUCAGUCUGCCAGACCAAGCAAUGGCAGAAGCUGAAAACUAUGGUGCACUGGUCUCCCUUCGUGUCCUUGAACAAGCGUUAUCCCUGGGUGCAGCUCGCCGGGCAUGCAGGUAACUUCCAGGCGGGGGAGUAUGGGCGUUUGUUGAAGCGCUACUGUGAGUGUGAGCAGCUGUGCCUGUCUAAGCUGAUGGGGGACAUUCUGCGGCCCUAUGUCCCUGGCUACUACGGCGUGGUGCAGAGGGACGAACAGGACUACAACCUAAUGGACGACCUCCUGGCUGACUUUGACUCUCCCUCCAUCAUGGAUUGCAAGAUGGGCAGCAGGACUUACCUGGCGGAGGAGCUACUGAAGGCCAGGGAGCGUCCACGGCUCCGCAGGGACAUGUAUGAGAAGAUGGUGGCCGUGGACCCUGGGGCCCCUACGGAUCAGGAGAGGGCCCAACAAGGCAUCCUGAAGCCCAGAUACAUGCAGUGGAGAGAGACCCUCAGCUCCACUGCCACCCUGGGCUUCCGCAUCGAGGGCAUCAAGAGAGCAGAUGGGACGUGCAACACCAACUUUAAGAAGACCAAACACCGGGAGCAGGUCAUGCAGGCCCUGGGAGAUUUUGUUGAUGGGAACAUUCAGAUCCUGAAAGUCUACCUGCAACGUCUGGAGGAGCUGCGAUCUGUGCUGGAGAAGUCACAGUUCUUCAGAACACAUGAGGUGGUGGGCAGCUCCCUGCUGUUUGUGCACGAUGCGUCAGGCCAGGCCCGUGUGUGGAUGAUAGACUUUGGGAAAACGGUGCCCCUGCCUGCCCCCCUCACCUUGGACCACCGGACCCCAUGGAUCGAGGGCAACUGCGAGGAUGGCUACCUGUGGGGUCUGGACAACCUCAUAGACAUUCUCAGUACCAUGCUCCCCUCCAGCCGCUGAGAAAGAGCGGGCCGUGUGAGAGAGCACAAAAGGAUGGCCUGGAAGAGAGAGAGGAGGAGGAUGGAGAGAACACUCUCAUCCUAGUCACAGAUGGAGAAUGAAAGUGGGGAAGAACAAAUGGAAAGGGUCAUUACCCAAACUAGAUGUGAGAUUGAGGGGAAAGGAAAGAAGGAUGACAGUGAAAGAGAGGCAAAUGGAGGAGCGCACAGAACAUGGUGGACACUCUUUAGUCAGAGUGAGGAAACCUGUCCACACAACUAGUGUUGUCAUCCCUCAAUCUCUCUCAUUAUAAGAGCUAUGACGUCAACUAUCACUGCAGCACACACACGCGGACACACACACGGACACACUACUGUUCCUUCAUAUUAUCACGAGUAUGAUGAUAAUGUACUGAACCUUUCCAAUGGGAUAUAUCCUCCUCAAGUGACCAAUGGAGAACAUUUUUAUUUUCAUUAUGGACCACUUGACUUUAUGCUUUUUUUUUUUUAAACAAUUUUUAUAUAUUUGUCAACACUAGAAACACUGGAAAAAAAGCGGUAUAUGUAAACUUUAUCUGGUACUUCGCCUUUUAAUGUAAAUACAGUUUUAUUUAAUCUGUUUCCCUUCACGAGUAGCCUCUUUACACUUUGUACUUUUUCUGUGCCUAGAUUUUGAGAUUGGAGGCAGAUAUUUUUUUUUAGAUAUCAUUCCAAAGUUUGCUGGAGAAUUGACCCAAAGUCUGUAACAAUUUGUUUUUUGUAAGUUGGAUUGACACCUGGUGAAACCUGGAGACUGUUGAUUGGCUCUGUCUGACCCCGUGUGGUGUCUGAUUUGGCAGAGUUGACCCAGCAGAUAAACUAACAGUGGUUCCCAACCAGGGUUACUAGGACCCCUGGGGGUACUUGGUCAAUCCACAGGGGGGUACUUGAGAAUAUUUUACCAUAGGCUUACUGGUAAAAAGUACAUGAGGGGGUACUCUGGGCAGAGCAAAAUUCAGCUGUUGCUAUAGUAACCGCAAAUGAUUGGGAACCACUGGACUAAUGGAUCUUAUUAAUGUUUUUUUUCUUUAUUUUCUCUCCUAGUGGGCACAUGACUUGGUGGUCAUGGCUAACUAGACUGUAUUGCACAAAUGGGUUCCUCACAAAAGCCAUUGAACAAAGCUAGCCCUGCCUCUGUGUCUCUGAAUAUGGAUUCACUCUAGUGUCCAUGGUUCUUAUAAGCAAACCAUUUUCUGGUGAAUGGAAGUUAAUCAAUCUGCAUAGUUGUGACCAUUUAUUCCUUCAGUUCGGUUCAUACAUUUUUCUGGAAUGGGCAACGAUUGGCCUGACAACUGAAAUGACUAUUUGAACAAGUCACCUGAAACUGGAAUGAAUGACCUACUGUUUGUUAUGACACGUUCAUCCACACGUCAGACUUGUCACUGGAUUUGUAGAUCUGUCAGCCAACAUUCCCAUCCAAGUCUUCCUACAUAGACAACACUGUUUGUGUAUUUAUGGUGUGUGUGUAGAUUUCUAUGUCUAGAAAAUGGAGGCGCUCUGUGUGUGACCGUCAGCAUUGACAUCAUGGAAUUAUGUUUCUUCUGUUGACAUCUCACACCAUAAAAACACAUUCUGGAACAAUAUAUUGUUUACAAAGUAUUAUAUCUUACGUACCAUGUAUCCUCUUCUUCAUCUUAACCUGAUAGUUACUGGCUUUGACUGUUUGGGUUGUUUGUGUGAGGCUGAGCGCUGGACUGUAAUAGGGUUGGGAAAGCCUAAGAUGUUAUAGUUUGGAUAAGCCUUUCCUCUGUGCUGUACUUCAGGAGACAGUGCAUUGCAAGAUCACAAAUACGAAUGUUCAGAGGAUUGAGACUGGUCCCUGCUCUCUGUCUAGAAUACCAUUGAUUGCAAUAAACUGGAACUAAGAGCUCAAGUCUUUCUAAUCUGAAA